AUGGGGGCAGAGAGAGAACGCGGCAAGACGGGGGCGGGAAUCCGGGUUGGACGACCAACAAAGGCGAGCCCAGGUUGGAUGCGUACAACACGCGGAGGGGCAGAGAAGGGGUCACAGGGGGGGUUGGUACAGGGGAGGGCAGGUCCCGCUGCUGGACGGGAAGAUGACGAAAGAGCAAGAACGCGACGACGAAGGGCAGCAAUGCGAACGCUCAAAUCAGACACAGGGGGAUGGGGGAAACAGAACGCGAAGCAACGGGGGAACGAACAAAGGGGGAAGAGAGGGCAGAAGAAACAGGAGACAAAGGGAAAGGGGAAGAAACAGUGGAAAGGAUAG